ACUGAUGCGCGCCGCGGGUUGGGGCGCGAUGGCGGCGCUGGGCGGGGACGGGCUGCGCCUGCUGUCGGUGUCGCGGCCGCAGCGGCCGUCCGAGUCGGCGGCACUGGGCGGUCCGGGCCCCGGACUGUGCUGCUGGGUGUCCGUGUUUUCCUGCCUCAGCCUCGCCUGCUCCUACGUGGGCAGCCUCUACGUCUGGAAGAGCGAACUCCCCAGGGACCAUCCCGCCGUCAUCAAGCGGCGCUUCACCAGCGUCCUGGUGGUGUCCAGUCUCUCACCCUUGUGCGUGCUGCUCUGGAGGGAACUCACAGGCAUCCAGCCAGGCACAUCCCUGCUCACGCUGAUGGGCUUCAGGCUGGAGGGCAUUUUCCCAGCAGCGUUGCUGCCCCUGCUGCUGACCAUGAUUCUUUUCCUGGGCCCCCUGAUGCAGCUCUCUAUGGAUUGCCCUUGUGACCUGGCAGAUGGGCUGAAGGUUGUCCUGGCCCCCCGCUCCUGGGCCCGCUGCCUCACAGACAUGCGUUGGCUGCGGAACCAAGUGAUCGCCCCCCUGACAGAGGAGCUGGUGUUCCGGGCCUGUAUGCUGCCCAUGUUAGCGCCGUGCAUGGGCCUGGGCCCUGCUGUGUUCACCUGUCCGCUCUUUUUUGGAGUUGCCCAUUUUCACCACAUUAUUGAGCAGCUGCGUUUCCGCCAGAGCAGUGUGGGGAACAUCUUCUUGUCUGCUGCGUUCCAGUUCUCCUACACAGCUGUCUUCGGUGCCUACACUGCUUUCCUCUUCAUCCGUACAGGCCACACCCUCCACCACCUUCCUCAUCACUGCUGCCUCCAGCCACAUCAAACUUGCCUUGUGCUCCACAUCUUUGCACCUGCCUGGGACAUUCUUCCUGAACAUCUGAACUCAAAGGCCUUCGUCCUGUCCUCAUAUCCUCAGCUGACCUUUCUAGCAGGCCCUGGAGGAACCAGCUGUAGGCAAGCGCACCCCUCGGCUUCAUCAUUUUGUUUAUCUGCAAGGGAACCCUUGGGGGCAGGGCGCUGCCUGAGGCAUGUGUCAGUGGGCUUUGUAUACAGGAGCCCUCGGUUCCACUCAUUAAAUGCCUGGAUGACAAUAUGAGACUGGGACAGGGCGACAAUGACUUAAAGGGCCAUAUGGGGACAUGGGAGCCAGCACUGCAAGAGGCGCUCCAAGACCGUGAGGCCACAUGGCUGGGAGCUUGGUCCUCCAUGUGAAAGCAUGGCCUGUGGUUGUGUAGCAACAGCCCUGUGGGCAAGUUUCCACUUCAGUGAAAACAUCCCCAUGCGUCGUCAUUUAUUCAUGAUCUCUGCUGGCACCUUCGAUAGGGACUCAAGGCCGCCCGGACCUCUCUGAGCUUGGCCUCUACUUAUGGACCCCUAUCACCUGGAGGCCUGGAUAGGAAAGAUGCCCCCCUGACCAGCCUUCCAGGUGCUCACCAGAGUGGGGCUGGCCAGCAGUGCUGUGCCUAUCUGAGCCUCGCCCCCACCUCUCCUAAAGAGAUGCUGACAUUUCAGCUGGGCCAAGGCAUGGCACUGAAGAAGGGAAGCAGCUGGUGAAACCAUCCAAAGAACCCGAGCGCGCAGGGUGAGGACCCUCGGAGCCCUCCCUUUCCCACGCUGCGUCUCCCUUUGUAGAUAUCCCCCUUCUGUGAUGGUUGAGCCACCUAUCCUCCCCUCAAUACUGUAAGCUCCAUGGGGGCAGGAACCAGGCCCAUCUGGUUCCUGAUGAACCCAGCUCCCAGCACUGGGUGGCACAUGGUGGAUGUGGAUAAGCGUCUGUGUGUAGAGUGAAUGAAAAAAAAUUUUUGAGACAUAGUGUGUUGCCCAGG